ACCACAACUGCCGCCCCAACAACAACCACAACUGUGGCAUCAACCACAGCUGCUCCAACAACAACCACAACUGCACCCACAACCGCAGCUCCUCCAACAACAACCACAGCUGCUCCCACAACAACCACAGCUGCCCCAACAACAACCACUUCUGCGCCAACAACAACCACAACUGCACCCACAACCACAGCUGCUCCAACAACAACCACAACUGCCGCCUCAACAACAACCACAGCUGCUCCCACAACAACCACAACUGCUGCCCCAACAACAACCACAACUGCACCCACAACCACAGCUGCUCCAACAACAACCACAACUGCCUCCCCAACAACAACGACAACUGUGGCAUCAACCACAACUGCUGCAAUAACCACAGCUGCUCCGACAACAACCACAGCUGCCCCAACAACAACCACAGCUGCCCCAACAACAACCACAACUGCACCCACAACCACAGCUGCUCCCACAACAACCACAACAGCUGCUCCAACAACAACCACAACUGCACCCACAACCACAGCUGCUCCAACAACAACCACAACAGCUGCUCCAACAACAACUACAGCUUCCCCAACAACAACUACAACUGCCGCGACAACAACCACAGCUGCCCCAACAACAACC